AUUCCAGAUCAUUGGACAGGGAACGUUUGGCGCUGUCCACAAGGCAACAUUACGUGGCACUCAAAUAGCCGUCAAGCGAUAUUUUUUGAAUAACACACAAGACAAAAAGGGCAUUGAGAGGGAAGUGCGUUAUCUAACCCGCGCCAAUCAUGAGAAUAUUAUUAAAUUGUACGGCACCAUGGAAGAUGAGGAGAGAAAAACUUUGGUGCUGAUGGAAUACGCAGAAUGUGGCUCACUCCACGAUUACCUGUAUUGCGAUGGUGAACAGAAGCCAAACUUUAAAUACAUGCAUGCACUCGAAUGGAUGCAUCAAUUGGCCAAGGGCGUUGCCUAUUUACAUGCCAUGAAACCAAGGGCAGUGAUUCAUCGUGAUCUUAAGCCAGCCAAUUUGUUAUUGACGAACGAAUUUCGCACAUUAAAGAUAGCCGACUUUGGUACAGUCACCGAAUUGGCUACUGUCAUGACCGGCAACAUCGGAACUCCCAGCUAUAUGGCGCCAGAGGUCGUCCACGCCAAAGUAUACACGGAAAAAAGUGAUGUUUUCAGCUUUGGCAUUGUGCUGUGGGAGGUGUUGGCGCAGAAAAAGCCCUUCUAUCAUCUGGAAAAUCGCGAACACUUCGCCAUUUUGUUUCAAAUUGGCAGUGGCAAACAUCCUAUUCUGGAAGAUGUAAAGAAUUAUCCAGAUGUACAGAAUUUAAGAUAUGUUAUCAGAAGUUGCUGGAAAAUGGAACCGAAAAAACGACCAACAAUGGAACAUUUAGCUAUAUGUUUAGACGAUCGUUGAAAGUGAAGACAAUUAGCAAGGAAUUUAUUUAAUUAUUUAAUCUGAAUAAAUUGGUUUUUGUUGAUUUUUAAUAAAAGUAAAAA